CGCCUUGCCUGCUCAUCAUGUUUCUCCUCACCUGGUGGCCAGCACUGAUAGCUGUAGUACCCAUUUUUCUUCUGCUACUUUACAGCUUCCACAGGAAGCCUGGCCUCUCAGUGUUUGGUAAUGACUGGACCAACCAGUUAACGACUAGCUCUGAUGAACUUUGUGGACGCCUUUACCAAGAUCAGUCUUAUGAUGAGACCCGAGACAUUCAGGAUUCAGAGGACCAUGUGAAAGGGUUGAAUGCACGGAAGAUCCAUUCCUUUUACACAGCCAUCUCUGCACUGGAGCUUCGAGCUGGGGCACAGAGUCUCAUGCAGGAAUGGAUGCCUUGGAGAAAGAGGUGGGGACUGCCAAAUCCAGAGCAGGGUUGACAGUACUUAUCCCCUAUCUGCUGACUCGACAGAAGAAAUGAGCCCGAAGCCUGUUUGAGUUUUUGUGAGCAACCCUCCUGGAUGCCUAGAGGAGAAGCGCAGAGUGAGCCAGGCACAAGGGGAACAUGAAGCCAUGUUCCAGGUCAAGGGAUAGCUUGUCCUCCACUGUGUGAGUGGGAGGAAGUGACAAGAGGAAUGGCAGGGAGUUCAAGCUGUUCACCCAACAUACUCUCCAUUGUCUCUUCUUCUGCUAGGAUUCACUCUGUCCUCAAACGAGUCCAUCUAGGUUUCCAGGUGGUGGAAGUGCUUCUAGAACUCACAGGAAAACUGAAGGAGAAAAGGUCAGGACCCCCCCAACUACUCUACUGUAUUCUUUUUCUUGUCUUACCUUCUCUCACACAGCCGAGAGGCUUAAUGUGCUAUGAUCUGAUGACCUACAACUUAACCAGAGAGGCUGCAUUGGAAGAUAGAGGGUGAGAGGAUGCUGAAAUAGGGCUUAAAAAAAAAAAGCUGUAGCACUAGGGACUAACCAGGGGAAAAUGGAGUAACUCUAGUGUUCAAUGGAAUGGCUAGGGUUGAGCUGACCAAAGGGAAUAUGGUGAAACAGCGCAGAGAACCAAGAAAACACAGACACUCUGUGGUGUUUGAACCUGGGAAUUCUGUGGGAUGGCAAAGACUACCUUUGCUUUGGGCUAAGCCUGAGCUUUCCUCCCAUGUCUGCAGCUGAAAGACAUUUGAAGAUCUGGUGGCCUCACAUCUGCUACAGGAGUUACCAUUAGAGAGAAAACUGGACUCAAUCUCCUCUAUUGCUUCUGCUCCUCUAGGGAACAUCUCUGAGCACGAGCUGUAGGCUAAUCAAAGGAAGGUAUUUAGGUCUCUGGAUGAUCAGUUUUUCACAAUGACUAGCUCAUCUCUGACUCAUUUGCCCCUCCCCUCCCUACAAUCUGUACAUCAGAUGCGUCUCCAUGAAGUCCUGCAGCAAUGAAUAUUGCCAAGAGGCCGCCCUUAUCAUUAUGUGAGUCUAGGAAGAUGCCAAAUGGCAAAAGAAAUAGAUCCCAGGUACUAGUGUGGGGAAUCCCUAAUAACCAGAGAAACCUAAAGUGUGUUGUCUUACUUUCUGACACCACAUGUCAACAAUAGGAUCCUCUGCCUGUGGCCCCAAGAUCAGUCUGUCCUGGGACCCUGUACAUAGCAUGGUUGGAGAUAUUGUCUUGGGGCUUGACUGCCCCCAUCACCUUUAUCCAUGGAAACCAAUAGGACACACUUUGCAUUGCCAGUGAUAGCUGCAGACAAAGGAAGGAAGAGAAGACCCAGGAAACCACAGUCCUAGCUCCAGGAGGACUUUAGGAGGACUUCCCAGCUCUCCCCUCCCAAGCCCACAACAGGGUAUACAACUUCAAAGAGGGGUUCCCUCUCCCAGAUCUCCACCACCUCAAAACUAUUAAAAAAUUUUUUUUCAACUAAACAUCUAGGGCUAAUGUGCAAUGAUGACUUCUUUGCUCCCCAUUUAUACAACCAGCUCCCUGCUCCUCCCAAAUAGGAUUUCAAUGAACAAACAUCUUCAGAAAUAUCCAGGAAAGGCAGUUCAACCCCCCCCCCCCCAGUCCUUAGCUUUACAUCCAACCAUUUCUGUUGCCAAAUUUCUGAUGUCAAACAACCUUUUUGUGUAUUUUCAAUACAUUUCCUUUCUCAUCCUGAA